AGAGAAUCAUCGCGUCGAUUUUUUUUUUUUUGCACAAAACGUCACUCAUGUUCACUUUGAUCGGAUAAACAAAAAUGGCGAAGCUUUCUUGGUCCAAGUUGCGAUCUUUCCUCCUUCCCCGAGGGAGAUCGAAGAGUGAGGGUUCUCCCGGUAGCUUGGGGAACAAGCUAAACGUGAGCGAGGAGUACAAGGAAGCAUUCCGCACAGAGUCUUACGUAGAAAUGUGGACGGAACUCCAAGCCAAGCUAAUCGACCGUCGAAAUUCUUCUUCCUCGUCUUCCUCCUCCACGUCAUCCUCGUCGUCUACUCUUCCUCCGGGAUACAUACUCCGGCCACAGCCGGAGCGGGAAACCAUCGCACAGCUAGUAGAGAGGUUCAACUGCCACAAGCUUCUGAUCGACUACUUCGAGUCGAGCUCGGAAGCAUGCGAUCUGUGCGAGUUGCUCCUCCUGUCGGUGCAAAGAACUCGCUUGCAAUACAGCAAGAUCACGAGGGUGAUCAAGACGAGCCAGGGGGUAGAAGAUUUUACGGGCCAGGUCUCUGCGGCGAUAUACAGAGACCUUGCUUCGUACGCAAGGCACGUGAACCCUUUGAGUCUCGUCAGACCGGUCCAAUUCCAGGAGAUUCAUGAUGGGAAUACGUUUCUCCUCCAGAAAUUGACUCGAAAGAAGAGAAGCAUUCGGAGGAGGGCCAAGGCGAACCGGAUCUUGAAAAAGAUUGGAGGAUUUGGGCUAGUGGCCCUCCAUAUGACACUAGUGGUCUCCAUGCUUGUGAUUGCGCUGCAUAGCGUUGUGGGGAUUGUAGCGGCGCCGGCUAUUGUGGGGUGUUCAUCUUCUUGUUUGUUGGCCAAGAAAGGAAGGAGAAGGAGAAGGAGAAUGAGAAAGACGAGAGCAUCGGUGGUGCCUCAUGGCCGACUUAGUGUGGGCCUGAUGAAGAAGGUGUGCAGGCAGUUGGACCUGGCGGCGAAGGGGACGUUUAUCCUAAUCAAUGAUUUCGAUACGAUGAGUAGGCUAGCGACAAGCCUCAACAACGAGGUAGAGCACAGGAAGGUGCUCUCCGCAAUGUGUGUGAGGAACAACAAGAACGAAGAGCUACUGAGGCAGGUGGUGAGGGAGCUUCGUGACCACGACGCUUGCUACCUAGAACAACUAGAUGAGCUCGAAGAACAUGUGUAUUUGUGCUUUCAUACGAUUAAUCGGUCGAGGAGGUUCAUAAUGCAAGAGAUGAUGAUAGGGGAGGAAGAAUUCGGGUUCGAGGCCAAAGAGGAGAAGGUGAAGGGUAAUGGUGGAGAUAUUAGAGAGAAAGUAGGAGGAAAAAUAGAAGAAGAUUGA